CCCGGGGACACGCGACGGGGACGCGGCGCCAGCGUGGUGGCCAGACGGGCUCGGGCGGGACCCCCCAUCUCCUCCCCAGGACUCUCCCGCUGCCCCGGUCCAGGCCCCUGGGAGCGGAGGAGGCGUCGCGGGGAUGCGGGCGGCCCCAGUGCCCUUGCCAGACGGAGGCGCCUGCUCUCCAUGCCCUGGCCGGGGUCCCUCCCGGGCCACCUCCGAAGCCUGAGCCGGUCCCUUUUCCUCUGGAAAUGGACGUGCCCAGGGCGCCCUCUGGUGGCUUCCGGAGCUGAGCGUCGGUGAGUCCACCCCCAUGGCAGCGUCGGGCCUCACGCCGCGCCCCAGGCCCCCGCCCGGGAACGAGACCCUGCACCAGCACUACAACUACGUGGGCAAGCUGGAGGGCAGGCUGGAGGAGGCCCCCGACGGCAGCACACCCACCACCGUGCUGCUGCUGGCCGUCUGCAGCCUCAUCGUGCUGGAGAACCUGAUGGUUCUGAUCGCCAUCUGGAAAAACAACAAGUUCCACAACCGCAUGUACUUCUUCAUCGGCAACCUGGCCCUCUGCGACCUGCUGGCCGGCGUCGCCUACAAGGUCAACAUCCUGAUGUCGGGCAAGAGGACGCUGAGCCUGUCCCCGACCGUCUGGUUCCUGCGCGAGGGCAGCAUGUUCGUGGCCCUCGGGGCGUCCACCUGCAGCCUGCUGGCCAUCGCCAUCGAGCGGCACCUGACCAUGAUCAAGAUGCGGCCCUACGAUGCCAACAAGAAGCACCGUGUGUUCCUGCUGAUCGGGAUGUGCUGGCUCGUGGCGCUCUCGCUGGGCGCCCUGCCCAUCCUGGGCUGGAACUGUCUCCGCGACCUGCCCGACUGCUCCACCAUCCUGCCCCUCUACUCCAAGAAGUACAUCGCCUUCUGCAUCAGCGUCUUCACGGCCAUCCUGGUGGCCAUCGUGCUGCUGUAUGCCCGCAUCUACGCCCUGGUGAAGUCCAGCAGCCGCAGGGUCACCAGCCCCCACACCUCGGAGCGCUCCAUGGCCCUGCUGCGCACCGUGGUCAUCGUGGUGAGCGUCUUCAUCGCCUGCUGGUCCCCGCUCUUCAUCCUCUUCCUCAUCGACGUGGCCUGCAGGGUCAAGGAGUGCGCCGUCCUGUUCAAGGCCCAGUGGUUCAUCGUGCUGGCCGUGCUCAACUCCGCCAUGAACCCCGUCAUCUACACGCUGGCCAGCAAGGAGAUGCGGCGGGCCUUCUUCCGGCUGGUGUGCACCUGCCUGGCCCGGGGCCGCGGCGCCCGCUCCUCGCCCACCCAGCCCGCCCUGGAUCCCGGCAGGAGCAAGUCCAGCGGCAGCAACAACAGCAGCCCCUCGCCAAAGGGCAAGGAAGACCCUCCCCAGAGAGCCGCCUCCCCCUGCAUAACCGACAGAAACACACCCCUGCAGAACGGGGUUCUCUGCAAGUGAGUGCACUUGCCUCCGGGAAGGGCGGGGCAGACCCGGGCUCUGCGGCCCCACCGCGUCUACUGCACGCCUCGCCCUGGGAGGUCCAGAGCAGGGACUUGGGAAACCUAUCUCCUGAUAGCCCGCCCGGCAUGGACGUCACGCGAGGAGGGGGCCCAAGGACGCGCCCGCGUGGUCCAGACCGUGUGCUCGGUUUCGGCUCGAGUCUUCCGAACGCACCACGCUGCUGACGGUAUCUGCUGCCCGCCCCAGACCCCACGGGCUGCUCCCGCGGGACCUGGGCCGGGGAGGUCUGGGCCCCACAGUGUGCAGUGUUUCCUGGAUCGUCGCCGUGAUGUUUGGUGACUUCACGCUACACCGUGCACGGGGUGGAUGCCUGUGUGCUCAUCCCUGCGUGACGGAGCCCUUGUGUCCCGCGGGCCUGCUGUUGGUGCGGGGCGGCAGCUUGUAGCGGUGAGCGGCAGCGUGUGGCACAGCCAGACAGUAGGAAGCCCGGGUGCGUCCUGACUGAGCUGGAGGAUGUGGCUGGAGACUCAGGGCACAGGCCAGUCCUGGGCUCCGCAGACCGACGUGAGGGCUUGUGCUCCGCCGGCUCUGGCUUUCCAGAGACGUGUGGUUCCAGGCUGGCCUCCGAAGUGCGGGUCUGAGCGAUCCCGGAGGUCGGGGGGUCUGGUGAUCUCUGGGAGCCGUGUGCCUGUGUCUCUUCUCUGCACAUCCAAACCCACAUUGACCAAAUUCCCUGACUGGGGUUCCUACAGGUCACAGAAGAGCCAGGGUCUCCCAGGAGACCAGCCAAGAAAGGGACCCACGAGGGAGAAGCAGAGGACAGACCCCUGGCCUGAAGCAGAAGCAGUGGCCUGUUUCUGCAGUGGAAUGUUCGCGCUGUGUUAGGAGAGGUUUCCAGGGCCGUGCUGAGUCUCGUUCUCUCUGAUCAGAAACGCUCGGGGGCAGCCGCCCGUGCCGUUCCGGCACAGUAGCGCCCGGCGGGCUCCACCUCCCCAAAGCUGACCCUGACAGUGACCCAUCCAGUGCACUGUCCAGGGCAACACAAGGAUGCUGGAAGCUUCGCCAGCUGCCUGGGCUGACCCUGUGUCCCUGAUGGCCACGUAAAGGGAUUACUCAGGAGGUGUUUCUGUGUGCGCCUGCCCCAAGGACCACCCGCAGGACAAACGUGUGCGCAUUUGCAGAGUUGACGGGUUCUUGGUAAAAACAAAACCGAGAAGCCUUCAAAAGGACUCUUACCUGGUGAGGCCACGUCAGAGCCCCGGGCGUUUCUCAGAUACGUGAGGGCCCGGGGUGGAGGGUUCGGCCAAGUGAAGACUCAGUCUUACCACAUCAAUGGUCUGGGAGAGAAGCUGGUCCUGACGUGUGGUACCUGAUGCAUGUUCCUGGCCCCACGGAAUGUCCCGGUGGGUCCCGGGUGGUCUCCGUGUACCGACCACACCGUCCUCCCUUCUGUUACCAAUGUAAGGGGAUGUCCUUGGGGGCAUUUUGGUGGCUUACAUCACUGUAAAGGGGCUGCUUUCUGAACUCAGAGAGCGUUUCUAGAAAAGUCCAGCAUGAGGUACUGGUUGAGAAGAUGAAGCCAUGUUUCCGAGAGCCGGAGUGUUGGGCGUCGGUGCCCGCCAGGCGAUGACGUGACUUCAGCACCUGGAACCCUGGCUCUGAGGGGCGUCGGGGGUCCUGUCUCUGGUGCUGAUAUUAGUGACAGUCGCUCUGUGGUCCCAUUGAGAGAAGGCAGAACUUGCAAGCCGUCUGAAUGAAAAAUAUGCCAAAACAGGAAGUGUUUGCCUGAUGGAUGCAACACGUGAUCAACCGUAAGCCGGUGUGCCCGGCCCUCGGCAGCCCGCUGGGGCGCGUUCUGGAGUUGAACGUCAAGGCCAGAGAGCACUUAUGCUAGAUCUCGCUUGGUUAGUAACCUUCACCGUGUCCUGUGUGUUUGUUAAAAAAAUAAAAUAAAACCAAAAGCCUGCAUAGAAA